AUGGCCGGAGCGGGGCUGCUGCCCUCCCUGCCCACGCUGACUGUGCUCGUUCCCCUCCUGUCCCUGGCAGGCCUCUUCUAUUCGGCCAGCGUAGACGAAACCUUCCCCCAGGGCUGCACCAGCACAACCAGCCUGUGUUUCUACAGCCUCCUCCUUCCUGUUACAGUGCCAGUUUAUGUGUUCUUUCACCUGUGGACUUGGAUGGGGAUUAAGCUUUUUAGGCACAACUAGUGUGAUGCCUUUGCUAACCCCUGGGCUUCUCUAAAUCAACAUAAUUUGUUUAAUCUCAUUAGCAUCUCAAGUAUUGCAGUUCAUUUGACUGGCACUACUGAUUGGUUUAAUUUUCCUGGUAGGACCUGGAACUGUAUGAAGUAGCAGCCCAUUGUUAACUACUGCUAAUGCAGAUGAAGAGCAGGAGUAAUAAGAAGCACUAAUUCCCUGUUUUAUCCCUUCAAGAGUGCUGUGCAUUUGUAGUGGCACUAAUUAAAACCUUCGUUUUCAUGAGUAAAAACUGUACCCUGACUGAAUAAACUAAGUUAAAACUAAAACAUGCAGUGAUAUGAACCCCUCUUUGAGAGAUUUGGGGUUUUUUCGACCAGAUGUGUGUACUGAAAUAUGUUUGUCUCAUUGUC